AUGGAAUUAUUUUUCUUCUUUUCACGGCUUUUUUUCUCAAAUUCCUUUCUUUCUUCGUUUAUAUUUGCUUUAUUUUAUUUUUUUUUAUUUUAUUAUUUUAUUUUUUCAUUUUUCAUUGCUAGAUUUUCCUCUAUAACAUUGAAUGAUUUUAACUUUAACAUUUUUAUCUUUCCUUUUCAUUUUUUAUACCUUUUUUAUUAUUUCUUUCUUCUUGUUUGCCUUAAAAUAUUGCCGUUAUUUUAUCUUCUUUUUCUUUCCUUUUUUACUAUCUUUUAUCUUUCUGGCUUUUUUUACCAUAUUUAUCUUCUUUCUCUCUUUCUUUUUACCAUCUUUUAUCUUCUUUUUCUUUCUUUCUUUUUACCAUCUUUUAUCUUUCUUUCUUUUUACAUAUCUUCUUUUCUUUCUUUUUACCAUAUUUUAUAUUCUUUCUUUCUUUUUACAGAUUUUUUAUCUUCUUUUUUUCAUCUUUUCUUUUCUUUUUUUACGAUAGUUUCUUUUUUUCUUUCUUUUUACAGAUCUUUUAUCUUCUUUUUCUUUCUUUUUUCACCAUCUUUUAUCUUCUUUCUUUCUUUCUAUUUUAUUAUUCUUUAUCCCCUUUUUCUUCUUUGCUCACAUUUUAUUUUCUUUUUUCUUUCUUUUCAUUUUGCUGCCACUUUUGUUUCUUGUUUUUUGCAUCACCUUAUUCAUUUAUCUUUCAGUAUUUAUUCUUUCCUUUCUUUAAAUUCCAUUUCUAAUCUUCCAUUAUUUCCAUUUCUUCUUUUCUUUCAUCUCGUUCCGCUUUUUCUUUCUCGCUUUUUCCCCCCUAAUUAG